AUGGCGGAAUUUUCUUUGGACGAUUUCGUUGAUUCUCCCAGUGUUGAGAAGUUGCUGGUUCUGAAGAAGGUUCAUCUCUUGGAGAUUGCUCAUCAUUACCAGGUUGCUGAGGUAAGGACUACUUGGCGUAAAUUAGAAAUUCUGAAAGCUGUAAUUCAGUGGUUUGUGGAAGAGGAAGAUGUUCUGCCACUUGAGGCUUUAUCUAAGGUUCCGAUUGAGUCUGUGAAUGUGGACUUGACAGAACAAUUACGUUUAAAAGAGUUGGAAUUAGAGAUAGCGAAAGUUGAACUUGAACGAGAACAAGUAGUUUUGAGAAGGGAGCAUGAGAAUGCUAGAGAAAGAGAAGAAAUUAGGCAAGUAAAGUCUGAUUUUGAUGUUGCGAAACAUGUUCGAAUGGUUCCCGUUUUUCAGGAGGGGGAGGAGAUAGAGAAAUAUUUCCUUCACUUUGAAAAGGUAGCUGUUAGUUUGAGUUGGCCGCAAGAAAAAUGGUCACACUUGUUACAAUCUCAGUUGAAGGGUAAAGCUCGAGAUGCUUAUUCAGCUUUGUCAGUUGAUGAUGCGGGUCGUUAUGACGUUGUAAAAGCAGCAGUGUUGCGUGCUUAUGAGCUUGUACCGGAGGCGUACCGUCAACAAUUUCGGAAAACACGCAAAGAUGAGACCGAAACUCAUCUUGAGUUUGCUAGGCGCAAACAACAGUUGUUUGAUAGAUGGAGUUCGUCACUCCAUGCAGAUAGCUUUGAUAAGCUUAGAGAAAUAAUUCUUCUCGAAGAGUUUAAGCGUAGUGUGCAUUUCGAUGUUAGGUUGCAUCUUGAAGAGCAGCAAAUAGGAACGCUUAAUGAAGCAGCGAAGCUUGCAGAUGAUUAUGCGCUAACGCACAAAAUCACAAACAAAAAAUCAGAUGAGACAAACAAAUCUGGAAAGUGGAAAAACAAAAACAAAAAUGGUGCUUCAGCACACAACAAGAAAGAAGUAAAACCACAAUCUAAAGAUGACGAGCAAGAAAAGAAAUGCUAUGCAUGUCACAAGGUUGGUCAUUUUAAAGCAAAGUGUCCUACACUUAAAGGAAAAACAAGUGAAUCAAGUAAUGCACAUCCAAAUGCAUUUGUGAAUAAUUUGCUAAGUUCAGAGAGUAGGAUUGAGCCAGUUAACUUAGAGAAAUUGAAAAAGCAAUAUGAACCGUUUGUUUCUGUAGGAUAUGUUUCCCUAGCUGGUAGUGUCGAAGCAAGAAAAGUGAAAGUGUUGCGUGAUACUGGUUCUUCUCAGUCUUUGAUUUUGGAGAGUGUGUUGCCUUUUGGUGAGAAAUCUUGUGUUGGAACUAGUGUUUUGCUCCAAGGAAUAGGAGAUGGCUUUGUAAAAGCACCCCUUCAUGUGGUAGACUUGAAAUCAGACCUUGUUUCUGGCAGUGUGAAAAUAGCUGUGAGACCAUCACUUCCGAUGGCAGAUGUUUCCAUCAUUUUAGGGAAUGAUCUUGCUGGUGAUAAAGUUGUACCAUGUCCAGUUGUGAGUGCUAUUCCGUGCGAGAGUAGUAAAACAGAGCAGUUGGUUGCAGAAUUUCCUACUGUGUUUCCGUCUUGUGCUGUAACUCGUUCGAUGGCAAAGAAAGUAGAAUCUGAAUCGAAGUCUAGUGAGAUAGAUGAGGUUAAAUUGGGAGAUUCUUUCUUUUGUCGUUUGGUUGAUGAUGAAUGUGAAUCAAAUGUGAAUGAGGGUGCAGGAGAAACUCAAAGUACAGAAGAGAAAAGUAAAUGUGAACCAAUGCCGAUAAGUAAGAGUAAGUUGUUAGAGGAGCAACAAAAAGAUCCUCAGUUAGUAUCCAUGUUUGAGAGAGCGAUCUCCGAGGAGGAGGCAUUGACCGUGCCUGUUUGUUAUUAUACGAAGUCAGGUGUUUUGAUGAGAAAGUGGAGGCCGAUAGAUGUUCCUGCUGAUGAAGUUUGGAAAGAGGUCCACCAGAUUGUAGUUCCUUCUACUUAUAGGCCGGAAAUACUUAGUCUUGCUCAUGAAGCACCACUUGCAGGUCACUUGGGAGUCUAUAAGACUCGGGAAAAAAUCCUUUCUCAUUUCUUUUGGCCGGGUUUACAAAAGGAUGUUGCAAACUAUUGCAGAAGUUGUCAUGUAUGUCAGGUAGUAGGUAAACCGAAUCAGAAAAUACCAGUCGCGCCAUUAAAACCAGUGCCAGCGUUCGAUGAACCGUUUGCAAGAAUAAUCAUAGAUUGCGUAGGUCCGCUUCCGAGGACAAAAGUGGGUAAUGAAUUCCUGUUUACCAUUAUGUGCGCAAGUACCAGGUAUGUCGAAGCGAUUCCACUUAGACGCAUCACCGCAAACAAUGUGAGCAAGGCGCUGAUCAAGUUUUUCACGACUGUAGGAUUACCGCGUACCGUUCAGUCUGAUCAAGAAUCAAACUUUAUGUCGAAAGUCUUUAAGCAAGUGCUAGGGCAGUUAGGGAUUGAACAUGUAGUUUCUAGUGCAUACCAUCCUGAAUCGCAAGGAACACUUGAGAGAUGUCAUCAGACAUUCAAGAACAUGCUCAAAACAUAUUGUUUGGAGACAGAGAAACAAUGGGAUGAAGGAAUUCCAUUGUUGCUAUUUGCUUUGAGAGAAUCUGUUCAAGAAUCUCUUGGUUUCAGCCCAUUUCAGCUCGUGUAUGGACAUGAAGUCCGUGGACCCCUCAGGUUGUUGAGUGAAAGGUUGUUGUCAGAUGAGGAAGAUGUGAAUAUGUUAGACUACGUAUCGUCUUUCCGUGAGAGAUUGCAUCGUGCUUGUGAAGUUGCUAGGAAGAAUUUGUCUGAUUCUCAGGAGAAAAUGAAGUCUUGGUAUGACAAGAAGUCCAUGGAAAGGAAUUUCAAGGCAGGUGAUGAAGUUUUGGUUUUGUUACCAGUAGUUGGUAAUGCUUUGCAGGCUAGAUUUUCUGGACCGUAUACCAUUCUGAAGAAAGUUGGUGAUGUUGACUAUGUCGUCAAAACUCCAGAUAGAAGAAAGAAAAAGCGUGUAUGUCAUGUGAAUAUGAUAAAAGCUGAUGUUCGAAGAGAUGAUGAAAAGAGAGCACAACCAGUGUUGAGUGCUGUAGAAUCUGAGCUAAAUGAUGAAAGUGAAGAGAUGUGUAAAAUUGAGAGAUGA